AGACACGUUCGCUUUCACAACUUCCGUUUCGAUCGGCUCACCCCAAGAAUGAUGCCGGCAUGGCCGACCUGACAACGGCGUUUAACGCCCUCCUGAAGGGCCAUGAGGCACCCCCUACAAGGACAUUUGGCAUUGAUACGGCCGACGAGUUUCUCAAGGAAGCGUACCGGAUUAACUCACUCAUUGCACGACUGCACUCCGAACUACGCAACCUGCGCCAAGCGUACCUCUCGACUGCUCCUGCGCGCAAGACACACUUGCGAACCGCCGCAUCCCGCUCGGCGCCUUCGCAAAAUGUCCUCACGGACCGGGACCGCGAGGAGAUUGACGCCAAUGCGAAGAUGACACUCCGGGAUCUUAAUGCUCGUAUCCGUGCUCUCGAAGAUGCCGAGCAACUCCGCCAAAAUACCGAAGCCGCAUUGCUCCGGAAGCGCUUGUCUCGUGGGCUGGGCGCUCUGGGAUCCUGGGCGGCCGGUGACGGGGCACGCAACGAGCAGGCUACCCUCGAAGCCGCCGCUCGCCAGCUUGGAGCCCAUCGAGAGAGCGUAGUCUGGUUCCUGCGGACAAGACUACAGGAGACAGCGCGGACACAACAGCGCAUGAUGGAGACCCGCUUGACCAGGGAGAUGGAGAAGAACAGGAGCGUGCUUGCGAAGGCUAGGGGCCCAGCCGCGCCCGUGGGGUUGUACAAUGCCGCGAAUCACGGCGUAGGGAAACCGCCUGUGGGAAGCAUCCCGAAUGGCACGGGUUUGUCGGUUCGAGAAGAGGAGGAGAGGAAAGGGCCAGCGGUGGACACCCUUACAGACGACCAAAAACAACUUUUUGAAAAGGGCAACCAGGACAUGUUGAAGCACCUCGAGGGUACUUUGGAUAAAGUCAGGACCGCCGAAAGCUCGCUCAUCGAGAUCGCCGAGCUCCAAAACAUGCUCGUCAAUAACCUCACCACGCAAUCAGCGCACAUUGACCAGCUGGUUGCCGAUUCGUUCGAGACCACCGAGGGCAUCGGCAAAGGGAACAAAGAACUGAAGAAGAGCGCGGGCAAAGCCAGUCCGGCCCGCUACACCUUUUUCGCCGCUGCAGGAUUAUGCACCGUCCUCGUCUUGUGGGAUCUGGUCAUCUAGCGCCAAUGCGUGCAUGUAUUUGUACUUUCGGAGUGUCAGGGCGACCGUCAUGAAUUUCUGCUUGAGAUACCCCCUGAAGGAGCAAAUAGUUACUUAUCAAUUUGUUGUCAAUUUGCAGCAUCCGGCAGGAAUGGAGGAAAUGUGACUUGACAUAAAAAUGCGAUUGAUCUGAG